AUGGAGCACGAUCACAUGCGACCACGUCCCUCCGACGACUCCUCGCAGCCGGCCUUCUCUCCAUCGCCUUUUCAGCGUCUCCCACCGCUCUACGAUCAGAAAAAAACGCCUCUGCCCUCUUGCCCUCCGCCAACAUAUGCCCAGGCCCGCGAUGCACCCGCACAAGCCUCAGUGUUCCCGCCCAUGCCCACCACCGAGUUAGCGCCCAUCCAGCCAGCGCUGAUGGCCACCCAAAAGCCCGCGAGCGACAAUACUCUUCCCUCGCUGUCAGCAUUGACAGGCAAGGACAUGGCUUCCCCAAACAUGUCGUCGCCGUCAUCUACUGCCGCCGACCAGGCGGCGUCCCCGUCCGAACCUCAAUUGACGCGGUGGCCUAGCCUGAAUCCGCUAACCGCCUAUUAUACGCCGAGCUUCGCUCAGGGCGACGAGGUGCCCCUCAAGAUGGAAGUCGAUAGCAACACCUCCGGAACCCCCAGUGUUCUCUCGCCGGACCGGCAAUACGACGGUCGUGGGAACAGCCUGAGCCUCGACGACCCCGAUGUUCGCAUGGCCGCCGAAGCCUUGGGCGAUUUGCGGGCUGAUUUCGUCUCUUCACCCCCAAACCGCAACACGCCCCUACGUUCUGGAACCCCCAAACCUCUCGCCGGUCAAUCGUCCCGACAGUCCGAGCCUCUGCUCAACUUGUUGACGACGUCGCAUCCACUUCUUGCCAAGACGAUUGAAGGUACUACGUCCGCAUACAAUAACUCGAAAAACUUCUCUCCCCGCUUCAAGACGAGUGCCGAGUACGUCGAGACCUACCUCGGCCCCAUUGGCAACACAUUGGGCUCCGUAUCCCGGGUCACUGGGGUUGAGGGUGGCGUCCGAUGGUUCCUCGGUGGCCGGCGGCAUCGCCGCGACCGCGAAACGGAUAGCGACCCCGGAUCGCAUAAGCGGCGCAAGGUCGAAGGCAAGACAAGCAAGGGUCCCAGCACCCCUCGAUCGGACCCUACGAACCCGGCUGAGGCUCUCGAGGUGGAUUUGUAUGGUUUCACCAAGGAGAGGAGACCGUCUCUCAGCACCAUCGACACCCUCCCCGCCUAUGACGACCUCACGUCGCCUGCUUAUACAGAAACCGCUGAUGGCCAGGGCAAGGAGCAGAGCCACGCUCUCUCCAGGGGUGGCUCGUCAACACCAGCCCCUUGGCAGUCGCGCCUCAUCAUGUCGACGUCGGGACUGAGCAUCGCCAUGAGUGAAGAGAGUCUGCGAAGCCUGAAAUAUUGCCUCCGAUGGCUUCGCUGGGCCAACGAGCAUAUUGCUGGCAUCAUCAGCGCGCUGAAGAGCACCCUGGAGCAGUAUGAAAAGGCCGAGCAGGCCCAGCCUGCAGGAUCCUCGCAACAGGCCGAGCACGCUCAGGAGGACCGCCGCGAGCUGGCCGCACGCAUUGUGGCCCUCAAGAGCGACGUACUCAAGACUCUUCACGACGUCAUCAACACCGUCUCCAAAUACGCAGGAGGCGCCCUUCCCGAGAAUGCCCGCGUCCUUGUGCGCAAGCAUCUCACGAGUCUCCCCCAGCGGUUCCAGCUCGCUGCCAGAACGGAAGGCCCCGCACCUUCGCAAGAAGGCCAGGGUCAGGAUGCUGCCGACCAGGAGAUGCGAGUCGGCGCGCAAAAGGUCCUAGUGCUUGCCAAGGAAGGCCUCGACAUGAUGUCCCAGGUCAGCGGUGUGCUCGAUGGCACCAUCGUGAGCGCCGAGGAGUGGUGCGAGCGCCUGGGCAAGAAGCGAAGAGACCAGAGAGAGCAGCUGACAGGAGGACCUGCUACCGAACCGCCUACCGAGCCACUGGCCUCUGUCGCUGUCGACCAGGAAGUCGUCAUGCAAUGA